GAUUUGAGUUCUUAUUUUGUCAUUGUAUUCCGGUCGCGUGGAGCACAUCACAAAAAAUAUGCAGGUACCCAUCGAAUGUCCCACGUAGAUCAAUUGCUCCUUGUUUGUUUGUUCUAGUAUGUAAUCAAUCGUAGCAGGCACGUCAUAAUAGCCAAUCUCGUGAAAACUGCAUAGGUUUUAAUGAACAUACACAAAUUGAAAGCUCUUAGCUUAGCUUAUGUAUUUAAUGACAUGUGUCCAUUACUUGGCAAUAAUUGUUUAGUUCGAUUACCAUACUAUUUUGGUUAUUACUUAACGUGUAGCAGAACAUUAUUUGUACGGUCUAUAAAUAAUCCGAAUCAUUUUAAUAAAAAUAAAAUUGAUCCUAUUUUACAUCAUACAAAGUAUUUAGUAUUAGACUUUGAAGCCACUUGUGACAAUGGACCAAAUUUUUUAAAACCUCAGGAAAUUAUAGAGUUUCCAUGUAUUGCUAUAAAAUAUUCAGGUGAACAUUUUGAAAGACUUUCAUAUUUUCACAAGUAUGUUAAGCCAGUUGUUCACAAAGAACUAACUGAAUUCUGUACACAGCUUACAGGAAUUAACCAAAGUAUAAUCAAUGAUAGUGAACAUUUCGACAAAGUGUUAAAUCAAUUUUGCCAAUGGUAUGAACAUCAAUCAAAUUAUGGCCAAGAAAAUUGUAUUAUAGUGACUUCUGGUAAUUGGGAUUUAGGUCGUAUCUUAAUUGAACAAUGUGAAUUAUCUGCCAUUCAAAUUCCAAGUUUUAUGCGUACAUGGAUAAAUAUAAAAAAAUUAUUUGCACAGACUAUUGGUAAAUAUCCAUAUGGUGUACGAAAUAUGAUGACUACAUUAAAUUUAAAACAUAUUGGCUCACUACAUAGUGGAAUUGAUGACUGUGAAAAUAUAAUUACCAUCAUGAAUAGUUUGGCAGAACAAGGUUGUGUUUUUAAAGCGACUAAUAAAUUAAGUUAACUGUAAUAUUUAUAACUUUUUGAAAGAUUCAACCAGAUUUGGCUUUUUAAAUUCAUUGCUGAAAAUUAAAUUACAGUUCAGAUAUAAAUAAAAUUUAGAAAUUAUAACAUAAAAUCAAAAAUAUCUUCUGAUUGAACAAUUUUUGUAUGUAAAAUAUGUAUUUACUAGUUUACUGUAUUUAAGUAAGACAAUUUUUGUAAUUAUUUUAAGUACUUAUAAAUUAAACUGUGUCGCAAGGCAAUUCACGGGGUGAGCAGUCCGCUUGUUUUUUAAAAAUAAAGUGGUUUAUAUAUACGUUA